GUUCAGUGUGUCAGUUUUCUCAUCAUGGGCACCGCUUUGUCCCUCUCUCCGGGUCCCCAAAAAUCUGAUUACUAUGAUGACCGGCCUAACUCCCUCAGCCGCUACCCGAGCUUGAGCAGCCGGUCUUUGACCACUCAGAAGGAGCACGGGCUCAAAUCACGAGGACAGUCUAUCUUCCUGCCUGCUCUCACCUGGAAACGUUUGGUGGCCUCCACUAAGAAACGGAGUACCUCCAAGAAAGGGUUUCCCACCAGCCAAGGUGCCAUUGGAGCUCCACUUCGCAACAACAACCACAUCUUCCAGAAGGACCCUGUCUUACACCUGAACCGGGAGAAUGUAAAAAAGUCCCUCUCAUGUGCAAACCUUUCUAGCUAUGAAGGUCCAGCAGGUCUGGGCUUGGGAAUGGGGUUGAACUUGGGCUAUGUUAAACAACAGCAGCUUUCCUCAGUCAAAAAGGUUUCUCACGGAAACUCUUCACCGAAACGUGUGAUUGUCCAAGCGUCUACAAGCGAGCUGUUGCGAUGUUUGGGCGAAUUUCUAUGCGGACGAUGUUAUCGGCUCAAGCUCCUUUCCCCCUCCGAUCCGGUUCUGUGGCUGCGUGCUGUAGAUCGCUCACUUCUGCUCCAGGGCUGGCAGGACCAAGCCUUUGUGACGCCAGCGAAUGUAGUGUUUAUCUAUAUGUUGUGCCGAGACGUGGUGGAUGGCGAGGUUGUGUCCUCAGAACAUGAACUCCAAGCUGUCCUUCUCACCUGCCUCUACCUGUCCUACUCAUACAUGGGCAAUGAGAUCUCUUACCCACUCAAGCCCUUCCUGGUGGAGGCAGCUAAGGAGGCAUUUUGGGACCGAUGCCUGACCAUCAUCAAUGCCAUGAGUGCCAAGAUGCUGCGCAUCAAUGCGGACCCGCAUUUUUUCACUCAGGUAUUUGCGGAACUGAAAAGCGAAGGUGGAUGCGGACUGCAGGAUUAUGGACGAUUGCUGGAUCGGUGAGUGAAGAGGGAGAACUUCCUCCUUCACUGCAUCCCCAGUAGUAACCUUUGUGUUCUUCUCCAAGUCCUGCUGUGAAGAAUCUCUUAAUACCUCUGUGGUGUAAAGAUCUGUAGGGUCACUCUAAAUCAGUCCAUCACCAUUGGGUCACAGUGUGUCGGGCACUUGACCUCGUUUCAACACUGAUAUUGACUUCGUAGAUGUUAAAACUGGAAAGCGGAUCUGUUUUCAUUUUCAGACAGACGUGAACGUGCCGUGAACGUGAAGUAUGUUUUUGCAAAUCCCUCUGCAUUUCGACACAUAGAUUGGAAGCAGUUUUCGCCAACUGCAACGGAUCCUAAUACAGUUUUGGGAUCCUGCGGUUUUUUCCCCCUCCUUUUUUUCUCAAGGGGAAGCACUGGAUUAGAGAUGAAACUGUGUGAUGUUAAAGAAGUCAGGCUGCUCACCUUUGACACAAGCCUACAAAUCUGCCACCUGAGCCCUUUUUAACCCUAAAUCUAUGUCUAAAACUAUCCACAUAACGAAUGGCACAUGCCUGAUAAUACUUGACCGAUGGGUAGUCCAUGCAGAGUGUUGGGAUGC